CGCGGCAGCGAAGCGCCAAAAAACAAACCAACAAAUGAUUCGCCUGACAACAAAUUAAACUGUGAUUUUUAUGAAUUUUACAACGUUUCAGGGAUACUUUAUAAUCGGAAAAUGACGGAAUUACUUUUUAACAAGAGGUUGCAAGUGCAGGUGAAGAAUAAAGACACAGAUGAAAGGCGUUCAGUCAUUCGUAUUAGUAUUGAACUGCAGUCAACGUCAAAUCCAGUUCAUAGAAAGGAUUUGGUUGUAAGGCUGACAGAUGAUACUGAUCUGUACUUUUUAUACAACCUUGUCAUAUCAGAAGAGGAUUUUCAGAGUUUAAAAGUGCAGCAGGGUCUUUUAAUAGAUUUCACAUCGUUUCCUCAAAAAUUCAUAGACCUGCUUGAACAGUGUAUCUCUGAACAGAACAAAGAAAGCCCACGGUUCCUGUUACAGCUCACGUCGGCCUCAUCUGCGUUCGAUCACAGCCCGUCGAACCUUAACAUUGUGGAGACGAAUGCUUUUAAACACCUCACACAUCUUUCUCUGAAACUCCUCCCUGGAUCUGAUACAGAUGUUAAGAAAUAUCUGGCAACCCGUCUGUCUACUGUAAAGGAGGAAAAGCAGCAGCUGGAACAAAAGUUGAGGAAGACGGAGGAAGACCUGACUAGACAGCUCAAUUAUGCACAACAAACGCUGUCUGAGAAAAGUCGAGAGCUGGACAAACUUCGGUCCGAAUGGACGUCACAGACAACCUCCCUGUCCAGCAGACACAUGCAAGAUCUCACAGCCGAGCGUGAACAAGCCCUGGAGACGCAAGCCCGUCUUCAGCAACAGAACGAACAGUUACGACAAGAACUGGAGUCGGCUCAUAACAAAAGCACCCAGCAGUUUCAAAGCAAAGUCCUUGAGUUGGAAACCACCAACAGAGAGCUGAUCGAUAAGAAAUACAAGAGCGACUCUACCAUCCGUGACCUAAAGGCCAAAUUGGCGAGUUUGGAAGAGGAGUGUCAGCGGUCGAAGCAGCAGGUUUUGUCCUUAAGGAGGGAAAACAGUGCCCUUGACACCGAGUGCCACGAGAGGGAGCGUCUGGUCAACCAGCUGCAGACGCGAGUCGCCGUCUUGGAGCAGGAGAUCAAAGAUAAAGAUCAGCUUGUGUCACGGACCAAAGAAGUGCUGGAAGCUACACAGCAACAGAAGAAUUCUGUCGAGGGAAAUGUCGAAAGCAAACAACUGCAGAUCAGCAAACUAGAAGUCACCGUAAAAUCCCUGUCUGAGGAACUCAUCAAGGCAAAUGGCAUCAUCAAGAAGCUCCAGGGGGAUCUGAAGGCUUUGGUGGGAAAAAUUAAAGUAAAGAAUACAGUGACGGUGUCUCAGGAGAAACUCUUGCAGGAGACCACAGAAAAACUGCAGAGGGGUCGGCAAGAACUUCAAGAGACUCAACAACGACUCAGACAGAAAGAAGAGGAGGCAACAAAACUGAAAGAGCAGCUGGAGGCUACGGUUCAGAAACUGGACGAGAGCCGGGAGGUGUUGAGAACCAAUGAGAACGUGAUAACUUGGUUGAACAAGCAACUAAAUGAGAACCAGCUUUCUCGGAAACAAGAAGCUCUUGGGAUGUUCGAGACCCCUGCCGUGGGGCUGAGAACACAGUCUCACAAUUUGCUUGAUAGCAAAGGCUUCCCUUCAUCUUUGGGACAGGGUUUUCCCAUCACCUCUACCAUAAACUCCAAAUACCCUCUUCCUCUUUCCUGUGUGAGCUCAGGACCUCGCUCUGUCUUGACCAUGCACAAUCAGACAUCUGGACCAAAGGUCCAGUUUAAUCCCAAAUCUUCAAUAGAAGUAGGAAGCGUGUGCCCCAAUCCCCAGCCACCACAACCUUCAAAUAAAGAGAAUGGAGAAUCUGUAGGUUUGGACUCCAAGUACUUUGAAAGAAGAGAUCACAGCAUACCCCUCCGUGGUCUCCUUCCCAGCAUGCAUCUGAAUAGAGAAGUGCCUAAGCCCUUGAACACAGCUGGUGUAAAACAAACACCAUCUGCUACCUCCGCAUACUUUCCAGGAUGAUAGAGAGAGUUUUCUAUACGGACGUCACUUCAUCACUACUAUGAAUGCUACUGCUGGGAUACUGUAGAAAUGCAUUUCAAAUUCUCCACGGAGACCAUAUAUUGUUUAAUGACUCAUUUGUGUGUUCAGAAAUGUUAAAUUAUUUAUUAAACCAGAUUUAUUUUUAACCUAUUUCUAUGUUGAUCUGUUUACAAGAAGACUUUCUCAGAAGUGCUUUCAGUGGGACUGAUUGUGAAAUGUUUAAUGGUGCUUAACCUAAACUACAGUGCCCUUGAUGGGAUAAUAGUGGAUUCACCUUGUGCCAUACGUGAACUAUUGGAUAAAUUGACAUUUACCAAAAAUCAUACUAGCUGCCAUUUUAUAUUCUUGGACCAAGAUUAAAGUUCAUUAGAUGUUUUUUUAAUAUCGACUUGAAGUGGCUAUUAGGUUGAUGACAAAUUGUAAUCGGUGGUUUGCUGUGUAAACAUGUACAUAAUUCUUGUCUAUAUUUUUGUAUUUGUUUGUUAUAGUAUACGUCUUAUGUUUUAUCAUGGGCCGGCCUGGCUGCUGCUUGAUAAACAACACUU